CUUUGCAUGUAGCAGGAAUAAUUUCUGUCGACCUUCCACCUGGAUCUACCCACAGACAUGCUAGUCCGAUACUGGGUUGUGUGGACAGCUGCUUUGUACAUUUGUUUCUCCUCCAGUGGUCAGGGGAUAACUGAGGCAACCUGUGAUAAUACGUAUGGUUUCAACCCUUCCAUCGGCUACUUUAAGGAUAAGAAGAUAGAGAAAGGGAUAAGACGACGUGGCAAUGCGACUGGUCUGAUGGAGUGUUUGCUGUCCUGUAACCGAUUCCUUGUCAGUAACUUCUUCUACAACCAGGCCACCCAGGACUGUAUUUGUGCGAUGUCUUACCCUGGGAGUGUGUUCCUGGUCGACGCACCGGGCUACGAUCAUUACACUGCACCAGGUCUUAUUGGAAAGUAUAUGACGCAGGCGAUCAAUGCUUCAUCAGCAGUAUAUGGCUUUAACAUUGGAGGACCUUUUACUGGCUGGAGGCCAAUGUCUGAUGAUCAAGCUCCGUGGGUUGAGAUUGGGAUAGAUGCUUUCCUGUACUUCGCUGAGAUUCGAAUCUCCCCCAACAUUGCUGCUAUCACGAAGGACAUCUGGUUUCGGGACGCCAACGGAAGCUGGAGAGUAACAUGGACGAGAAACGACGAGGAAUCUCUGCUGAGCAGUUUCUUCAUUCCACAUUGUUUGAUGCUGCCUUUUCCAACAGACGCAGUCAGAAUCACAAUGGACAACCACAGCAGUGCCCAAAUUCUAAAUAUAUACUUGUCUGGUCGUAUGUAAAUCUGGGAUACUCUCACGAUACCAAAUAUUGUUUAGAAAAGAGUUUGGAGAUGAGAGUUAAACUUUCAGUCACCUUCCCCAUGUGAAGUCUGUAUACUACAUUCAUGCAACAUACACUCUUCGAAAAAAGAAACGCACAGGUAGUAUGUAGUCCAUUGAACCUGACUACGCAAA